CCCGACAUCAACAUGGCAGACGAGAUUGAGAAGACUCAUGAAGUUACUAAGGAAGUUCUUGCACCUUCUGAUGGCCCAAGAGAAAAUUUGAUUUUAACUGCUGUCAAGUUUCUGCAGAAUCCAAAAGUGAUACAAAGUCCAUUAUAUCAGAAAAGGGCCUUUUUGGAAAGAAAAGGACUGACUAAAGAGGAGGUUGACAUAGCAAUGCAGAGAGCUGGUGUAGUGGAGGAUGCGUCGACUACACAGCAGGUGAAUCCGGCACCUUAUGCACAGCACCAGAACCACCUUGCACUGGUUCAGCAACUCCAUCAUCCAGUUCCAGUCACACUGUGGUCAAGGACAAGAGAUUUCACCACAACAGCAGUUAUCAUUGCCAGUGUGUCGUAUGCAGUGUAUAGAAUGUAUCAGCUUUAUAUAAAACCCUGGCUCAUUGGUAAGUCAGAAGAUGAAGAAUCACGUACGAGACGGCUGGAAGAGUAUAUCACUGAACAGAUGAAGACGACUGCACAAGUGCAACAGAUACUGAAGACUAUUCAGGAAUCCAUGACUGCUCAACAAACAUCGAUAGCCAACUUACAACAACAUGUCAUUAACAGAAAGAAUUUAGAGAAAUUUGAACAAAGUACAGAGUCGCACCUAAUAGCUGAAAUCAAAUCAGAAGUCACUUCUUUGAAAGGUCUUUUGCUCAGCAGACGUCAGUUCCCACCCACCCCUCAGACCGGACCUGUGAUACCGACGUGGCAGCUCGAUAGUUCACCCUCCGCGUCUGUUAGUGGGAGUAGUAGUCUCACCUAUGAGAUGGUCAAAGCAAAUUCUUUUGUAGAUGUUUCAGAGAUGACGGCAUUGGUCAGUUCACCUGGUGCUGAUCCAUCACAAGUCAACUUAAAUUUGUCUGACAGUUCGCAGGAUGUCGUGCCAGCACAUGAUAAUUCCAGUGAAACAAUCGGAGAAACUGUUGAAGCUAUGACCAAAGUUGAGCAAGUUGCAGCAACAGAAAACACCAGUGAGCUGUCUAACACAAGUAUGGAGAAGGAAGAUUCUAGAUUGAAACCAGUUGCAGGAAAAACUGAUUCUGAUAUAGACACUUUUAAAGUGAACGGUAUUCAGGAAAAUGAUACUGAAACAUCUUCAUGAAUGAUAAAUUUCAGAUUUAUGAGUUUGUUACAAAUUACCAGGUGUUUUUAAUACAGUUUUCAAAGACUAUCUAGAGUUGAGAUUCGUCAAUCCCCCAAAGUGUCUCAAUCUGAUAAGAAAGUUGUUUAGUAACGGUGAAUUGUAUAUUCUGAAUGUUAAAUUGGUCAUAAGUCAGGGAUAUAGCUCUGGCAUUUGCCAAUUACAAAAUUUAAAAACCGUUGGCAAAUUUUAUUUUAAUUUGGUGAAAUAACAAAAUAACUGGGUUUAUUCAGUUUUUUAAGUUUAAAAGAUAAUUUAGUGAUAUUGUCAUCUCCCUCAGAUCUAGCCUUGUCAGUACAAAAAU